CAUCCGCAUUCGGUAACUAAUCUGCCGAAGUUCAGCCGGUAAACUUGUUGUCGUCCAGCAUACAACUUCAAUAUGAGGUCAAUAUCAACAACGACUUGCGAUCCACGAGAAUUACCGCUCUUCGGCCGUUUCUGGAAACACUACUAUCACAGAUCUUCUUCACUUCUCAUACCUUUCCAAUGUGAUGCAGGUGACUUACCAGCUGUAGAUCUUGCGCGUCUUCCAUCACUUGCGAUGUCUACAUUGGCUACGGGCCUUCGGGCCGAACCACCUCGACUAUUUUGGGAAAUCAUUAGCAGAGUGUAUACAACCGCUUCUCGCUCGGCUUGUCGGGUAUAUGCGCCCUCUAGGCCAUGUGGGCUGUCGAUUCAUCCGGACAGUAUUAUGGUUAUAACUUGAAUUCCGUCCCAAUUUGCCCCUUUAUCUUACAGCAAAUGGUCGAGUGUUGAUUAAGAGGACGUGGAACUGUCGCCAAAAUGGGGUCACUUGAGCCUAGCGAUUAUGUGUGGACGGAGACGCAACCUGGUCGAUGGGAGCGCGAUGUCGAUGAAGUGGAACAGUUCUACACUUCGCUGGAGAAGAGGUAUGAAGGGAGCGGGCGCUAUUUCUUUGCAAUGACAGGAUAUAUUUCUUUUUCGGUGUCCGGGACGGAUCAAGAGGUAGAGGAUGCAUUGCGCAAGGCCUGGCUACGACUCCGGUAUGAUCAUCCGUCGAUCGGAUCUCGAGUUGAAUACUGUGACGCCCAGAAGAAGUGCAGGAAAGUUUACGAGAUGGUACCGAGUCCAGAAUCUCAACAGAAAUGGUUAGACACUACCCUUUGCAUUGUUCCUACGAAGCUCUCUGGGCUGCAGUGGUGUAAUGCCGAUCCACCAGUUCCUAAGCUCCCAACUCUAUUCUUGAUAAAGUCGCGAAUUCCGUCGAGGGGGGUGUUCAAGGCAGACCUGGUGCUUCGCUGCCAUCACGAUAUUAUUGAUGGUAUUGGAACCUUGAUGCUUUUUAACAACCUCUUCAAACAUGCAGCCAAGGCUUUGGAACAAGGAGAUGCAUAUCCACUUCCUAGCUUUGGGAAUGAGUUUACACGAUUAAGCCCACCUCUUCGUGUUGCAGCCGGCCUCCCUCCAGUCCUCAGUGCCCAUCGACAAGCAUGCCUGGAUAAGAUCAUUUCUUAUAAUGUUGCCUUAAAAAAGGGAGUGGAGAUCACCAGUCUUCCCUACAGGAAAGGCCCGACAAACCCUGGGAAACAUCAACGAGUGGCGAUUACCCUUUCAUCAGAGCAAACCCAUCGCCUGUUAAGGGCCUGUAAGGCUUUGGGAUUAAGCGUCACACACGCCUAUCAUACAGCACUUGCGAUAGUUAUUCGUGAUCUCCAAAAGCGACAAAGUCGCCCCCGAACUGUGAGGUACAUCAGUCACAGCCUCAUCAACGAACGGCCUCAUUGCACUGAACCUUAUGACAGUCCGGCACAUGCUGUCUCACUCUACCACUCCACGUCUGGCGGAUGCCUUGCUAUCGACUUGAUAGUCCCGGCGGCUUCGAUUGGCGCUCGGGACCGGGUCUUUGAUUACAGUAUACUGCGAAGGAGAGAGUAUAUGAAAGUCGCUAGCGUUGUGCGACAGUUUUAUCUUCGUACGCGAAACGAUAAGGAUCAUAUAAACAUGGUUCCUUCAUACUGGGCAAUGGGAACAUAUCCUUAUCCCCCCGACAAUCACACACCUCCGGUCCCCAAGCCUAAUGACCACCCAUCUGUCUCGAUAUCUAGCAUAGGCACGUUGGACAAGACGAUAUCUCCAAUACAUGGCGCCUUCGAGCUCGAUAACCCUUGGGUUACAGGGGAAGAACUGGGCACUGGCUUAGGAUUAUUCCUCGGGACUUGGAGGGGACGGCUCACAUUAAGUGCUGCGUUUAACGAUGCAUGGCAUACUCGUAAUGAGGCGUUGGCGUUUUUGGAUCGGUGUAAUGUAAUCACAAUCCAAGCCCUCGGGGCCUAAUUCGGAAGAUUCUUGGGUCGACCUCGGAAUGAGCAACAAUUUUUUGGGUUUUUUUUUUUUUUCGCUGACUUCCUUUGGUAUUCUAGUCAUUAGGUAUGGGGCAUUGUGGGAACGGCUUUAUUGAAUAUAAAU